CCAGGCUAGACCGGCCGCGCGCCCCGCCCCGCGGAGGCCGGCCUCCCCGCGUCCCCAGCGCCGGCUGCGCCUGCGGGCCCUCCGCCUCCGGUCCCAGCCGCCUCCACGGCCCGCGCCCGUACUGGAGCGAAUAGCCGCCUAAGGAAGGAGGGAAAGGAACGUGGGAGCGGCCACGGCAGGGUUAACCUCCAUUUCAGCUAAUCAUGGGAGAGAUUAAGGUCUCUCCUGAUUAUAACUGGUUUAGAAGUACAGUUCCCCUUAAAAAGAUUAUCGUAGAUGAUGAUGACAGUAAGAUAUGGUCACUCUAUGAUGCAGGCCCCAGAAGUAUCAGGUGUCCUCUCAUAUUUCUGCCACCUGUCAGUGGAACUGCAGAUGUGUUUUUCCGGCAGAUUUUGGCUUUGACUGGAUGGGGUUACCGGGUUAUAGCUUUGCAGUAUCCAGUUUAUUGGGACCAUCUUGAAUUCUGUGAUGGAUUCAGAAAACUUUUGGACCAUUUGCAAUUGGAUAAAGUUCAUCUUUUUGGGGCUUCUUUGGGAGGCUUUUUAGCCCAGAAAUUUGCUGAAUACACUCACAAAUCUCCUAGAGUCCAUUCCCUCAUCCUCUGUAAUUCCUUCAGUGACACCUCUAUCUUUAACCAAACUUGGACUGCAAACAGCUUUUGGCUGAUGCCAGCAUUUAUGCUCAAAAAAAUAGUUCUUGGAAACUUUUCAUCUGGCCUAGUGGACCCUAUGAUGGCUAAUGCCAUUGAUUUCAUGGUGGACAGGCUGGAAACUUUGGGUCAGAGUGAACUGGCUUCAAGACUUACCCUGAAUUGUCAAAAUUCUUAUGUGGAACCUCAUAAAAUUCGGGACAUCCCUGUAACCAUUAUGGAUGUGUUUGACCAGAGUGCACUUUCAACUGAAGCUAAAGAAGAAAUGUACAAACUAUAUCCUAAUGCACGGAGAGCUCACCUUAAAACAGGCGGCAAUUUCCCAUACCUGUGCAGAAGUGCAGAGGUGAAUCUUUAUGUACAGAUACAUUUGCUGCAGUUUCACGGAACCAAAUACGCAGCCAUUGACCCGUCAAUGGUCAGCGCCGAGGAGCUAGAGGCUCAGAAAGGCAAGCUCAGCAUCAGCCAGGAGGAGCAGUAGUUGUGGCUGUUGCUGUUAAUGACGAGUCGACCUGGCGCUCAUGUACAAUCAGUGGCGUCAGCACACACCGCUUGGCCUCUUCCUGCAGGUUCGUCAGGCUCACCGGUUCUCACUGUGUUGUGAAAGUAGGACUGAUUGUCAUCUUCGUGUCAGGCAGUGGUUCUUCUAAGCCAGUGUAACUGUUCCCUCUUUGGUUUUUAGCCUUCAAAUUUGAAGUACUUUUGAAGACUCCCAUUUUAAGAACUGUGCAAAUUUUGCUACCACAAGUCUUCACCACUGUGUUCUUAAGUGAAUGUUAAUUUCUGAGGUUUGGGAUUUUGUGGGUUUUUUUCUUUUCUUUUUUUUUUUUACUUUUCCUUUCUACCUUCUCUCUUUUUAUGCUAUUUGCUGUAAAUGCUGCACAUCCAGAUUGUGUAUCAGAAGGACAUUGGUUAUUUUUAUGCUUUCUUGUGUAUAAUCACUAUCAGAGUGCCAAGGCUAGCCCCCUCCUCUUUGCUUUCCUGCAAAUCAACUACUUUUAAUUUCUAAUUAAGCACAUUGUUUUGAGUGUUAGCUGUUGUCUUUCUACAUA